GUCAUUUCCUCUUGCUUCACAGCCUGCUGACAGUGUCGGGUUUGAUAAAAAAAUAACAUCAAAGUGUGAAAAUCCCGGAGAUUUUUUUUGACAGGAUCAUCAGUGUGUGUUUGUCUGGAUCAUGCUGGAGGAUUCAAACACACACCAGCCCAUCGUCAGCGAAUGACAAACGCGCCCAGAUCAUCUGAAGCGGUCAUAAAUUGCUGGAGUGAGUGUGGCCCCGGCCCCGGGCCCUCCUGUUGAGAUCCUCUUCAUCACUUUAAGCGGUCGUCUGAGGAUGUGUCUGCUUUGUUUAUCAUUCACUGCUCUCCAUGCCUGUUUCAGGUAGGAAGUGUGUAGGGGACGUCACUGAGGAGUGAUGCCUGUUGAAAGUGGAAACAGCGCAGCCGCCCGUCAAGUCAAACAGAAGCGCAAGUCGCACAGUCUCUCCAUUAGGAGGACCAACAGCACCGAGCAGGACCGACCCGGCAUGCAGAGAGACAUGCUGGAGGGACAGGACUCCAAGUUGCCGAUGGCCUUAAGGAGUAACUUACUAGAUCUGUUUGGACAGAUUGAACGGGAGUUUGAAAAUCUCUACAUUGAAAACUUGGAAUUGCGAAGAGAGAUUGAAUCGCUAAACGAACGUUUGGCUGGAGAAGGACAGGCAGUCGAUGGCGGUGAUCUGAGCAAAGGAGCCUUGAAAACAAAAGCUAGUCACAGCACAAGUCAACUGUCCCAAAAGCUGAAGACGACAUACAAGGCCUCCACGAGCAAGAUUGUGUCCAGUUUCAAGGCCACCACAUCUCGUGCAGUUUGUCAGCUGGUUAAGGAGUAUGUGGGACACCGGGAUGGGAUAUGGGACCUGGCCGUGACUCGGGUUCAACCGCUGGUUUUAGGCACAGCUUCAGCAGAUCACUGUUCCAUGCUGUGGAGUAUUGAGACGGGGAAGUGCCUGUUGAAGUAUGCCGGCCACGCUGGAUCAGUCAACUCCAUUAAGUUUCACCCCACAGAGCAGAUGGCACUUACAGCGUCCGGGGACCAGACGGCUCACAUCUGGCGUUACAUGGUACAGCUGCCACUUCCCCAGCCCCCAGCAGACAUCAGCGCCUCGCUGGACGAUGACGUGGACUUCUCUGAUAAAGACGAGGCCGACGGGGAGGCAGAAGGGCCCAACGAAUGUCCCACUAUCCGUGUCGCAACGACGACCUUGAAGAGCCACCAGGGCGUGGUGAUCGCAGCGGAUUGGCUGGUGGGAGGGAAGCAGGUGGUCACUGCCUCCUGGGAUAGAGCCGCUAACCUCUACGAUGUAGAAACCUCUGAGCUGGUGCACACCCUCACAGGUCACGACCAAGAGUUGACCCACUGCUGUACUCAUCCCACCCAACGUCUGGUGGUGACUUCAUCCAGGGACACCACCUUCCGCCUGUGGGACUUCAGAGAUCCCUCCAUCCACUCUGUGAACGUCUUCCAAGGCCACACCGACACUGUGACAUCAGCCGUGUUCACCGUGGGGGACAACGUGGUGUCUGGAAGUGACGAUCGCACCGUCAAGGUGUGGGACCUGAAGAACAUGAGAUCUCCGAUUGCUACCAUUCGCACAGACUCAGCCGUUAAUAGGAUAAGUGUCUCUGCCAACCAAAGAAUCAUCGCUCUGCCACAUGACAACCGGCAGGUCAGACUGUUUGACAUGAAUGGGGUCCGUCUGGCCCGUCUCCCACGGAGCAACAGACAGGGCCAUCGACGCAUGGUGUGCUGCUCCGCCUGGAACGAGGAAAACCAAGCCUGUAACCUGUUCACCUGUGGCUUCGACCGCCAGGCCAUCGGCUGGAACAUCAACAUCCCGGCCCUGCUGCAGGAGAAGUGACACGCUCACACACACGCGUUUCACACAUCACUGAAUCCUCCAACACGUUCUUCAGUGCAUCACCUUCAGUAGAUUUUACUCAAGAACACAUUCACGUUGCGUGCGAAACUAUUCAGUGCUUCACCCCAGUUGGCGUCUACGGUCACUGUCCCGCGGUCAUCAUCCCGUCAUGCCUUGGUCGUGUGAGGAACUCGUGUAUUUAAUGGAUAUUCUGCAUAUCUAUCCCCGCGCUGGUCAUAUAGUAUGGUGAAGUUCCUCGCAGUCUCGUUACCCUGUUUUUACGUGUUUGCAUGAUGCGACUCGUGAAUCCUGCGAGACCAGGACAUUCCUUCACGCUGUUACAUUUAAGUCAUUUUUCACUAUUUUUGUUGUGCAAUGUUCAGUUUGUUUCUUUGUACAGAUGACUUUUUAUUUUUUUUCGACAGCAUUUUAGAUUUCGUUUUGUAUAAAUUUCUGCUUUGCUUUUUAUAGAGAUGAAAUGUGCGAAAGAAACAGAGCACUGCCUUUGUGAACGGGAAUCGGCAAACGCAUUUACGGAUCCGCACCUUCUUGAAUUUCUGAUUGGAACCGCCGUUCAAGCGGCCAAUCAGCUUCUUUCAGUGUUGCCGCAGCCCAUUUGCAUGACAAACCCACCUCUGUCAAAUAUGUGAAGCAAAAUGCUGUAUAAUUGCUGUGUAAUCUCAUUCACCCUAUUGAAAACUUAAAGAAGCUGAGACUUUGUAAGUAUCGUGACUGUGUAUGAAGCCCUACGAUUGAUGUUCACUUCCCUUCCGAGGGCUUUCAUGUCGUGUAGAAGUAAAUAUUUGAAUCAAUACAUCUGAAUUCAGAACAAGUGCA